UGAACGGUUAGAUGCAGCCCUUCCUGCAUGAACCAAAGACCUCGUAUAAAGUUCCUUCUUUCACUCUUACCCUACAGCGUUUCACCUGUUGACCACGUUGCCUUUCAUCCAGCUGAAGGCCCAAGUCGAAACCAUUUUCUCCGUCUAGGAUUAGACUUGUGCCUGGCCUUCCAUACAGUGCAAAGACGAGGUCCUGGAUUAACUUGAACAAAGCCGGAAGCAGAGGGAGGGCGAAAACCAGUAGCAUUUUCCCUUUCUUCAUUUGACCCUGUGCCUGUUUGUGCAGGACUUAAAGGAAAUCUCAUUUCUGUUUGAGAAACAUGGAGAACCCGAGCUAAAGAUGGGAUCAGUUACAUCAUCACAUUUGUGUGGAGGAGAGAAGAAGCUUGAGACAGAGAGACACGUGCGAGCCAAUGACAGACCUUUUAACCUGUCUUACCACUAUGCUAACAAUGCCAUCAAGACCUCCAAAUACAAUAUUUUCACCUUCCUGCCUCUUAACCUGUUUGAACAGUUCCGGAGACUUGCUAAUGCUUACUUCCUUUUUCUUCUUCUCCUUCAGCUAAUCCCACAAGUGUCCUCCCUCUCCUGGUUCACCACGGCUGUGCCUUUGAUCAUAGUUUUGUCUAUAACAGCAGCCAAAGAUGCCAACGAUGACAUAAACAGACACAAAUGUGACAAGCAGGUGAAUAACCGCACAGUGGACGUCCUCAUUGAUGGAGAGCUGAGAAGUGAAAAAUGGAUGAAGGUUCAGGUUGGGGACAUAAUUAAACUGGAGAAUAACGAGUUUGUCACAGCAGACCUUCUGUUGCUCUCCAGCAGUGAGCCUCUCAAUCUGGUCUAUGUAGAAACAGCUGAGUUAGAUGGUGAAACCAAUCUGAAAGUGAAGCAGGCCCUGACAGUAACUGGAGAACUGGGAGACUCCAUCGAAGCACUUGCUAGCUUCAAGGGUGAAGUGCGAUGUGAGCCUCCGAACAAUCGUCUCGACAAAUUCAAAGGAAAUCUGACUGUGAACGGACAAACGUACAGCCUGGACAACGACAAAGUGCUGCUCAGAGGAUGUACUCUGAGGAACACGGAGUGGUGCUUCGGCUUGGUCAUCUUUGGAGGUCCUGACACUAAACUAAUGCAGAACAGUGGAAAGGCUGUUUUUAAACGGACCAGUGUUGAUCACCUGAUGAAUAUCCUGGUGUUAUCUAUCUUUGGUUUUCUGGCGACUAUGUGCUCCAUUCUGGCCAUCGGCAAUGCAAUCUGGGAGGUCAGGGAGGGCUCUGUGUUCACAGCGUUUCUUCCUCGUGAACCAGGUAUUAACGCUGCUCUCUCAUCCUUCCUCACCUUCUGGUCCUACGUCAUCAUCCUCAACGCAGUGGUGCCCAUUUCUCUUUAUGUCAGCGUGGAGAUCAUUCGCCUCGGGAACAGCUUCUUCAUAGACUGGGACAGGAAGAUGUAUUACCCUAAGAAGGACACUCCUGCACAGGCUAGGACCACCACUCUCAAUGAGGAGCUAGGUCAGAUUAAAUACAUCUUCAGUGACAAGACUGGCACCCUGACGCAGAACAUCAUGAAUUUCAACAAGUGCUCCAUUAAUGGAAAAGCCUACGGAGAGCUGUAUGACUUUUCUGGCCAGAGAGUGGAAAUAACAGAGAAAACAGAGAAGGUGGACUUCUCCUGGAAUCAGCUGGCAGAUCCAAAGUUUGUCUUUCAUGAUCACAAUCUGUUGGAGACAGUGAGAGAGGGAAACCCAGAGGUUCAGGCUUUCUUCCGUUUGCUGGCUCUGUGCCACACCGUCAUGCCUGAGGAAAAGAAAGAGGGGCAGCUUAACUAUCAGGCUCAGUCUCCUGAUGAGGGUGCUCUGGUGACAGCAGCGAGGAACUUUGGUUUUGUAUUCCGCUCUCGGACACCAGAAACCAUCACUAUCAUGGAGAUGGGCAAGAAAGUUGUAUAUGAACUUCUCGCUGUUCUGGACUUCAACAAUGUGCGGAAGAGGAUGUCAGUAAUAGUACGGAGCCCCGAAGGCAAGCUGACCUUAUUGUGCAAAGGAGCAGACACCAUCAUCUAUGAAAGACUGCACCCCUCCUGUAAUAAACUGAUGGAAGUUACCACUGCACACCUCAACGAGUAUGCAGGCGAUGGUCUCCGUACGCUGGUUCUGGCCUACAAGGACUUGGAUGAAAGCUACAUGAAGAAGUGGAAUCUGCGCCACCAAGAUGCCAGCACCGCCAUGGACGAUCGAGAUGAAAGACUUCAUGAACUUUAUGAAGAUAUUGAGAAAGACCUGAUUCUGUUGGGAGCAACAGCUGUGGAGGACAAACUGCAAGACGGUGUGCCACAGACCAUUGAGCAACUGGCUAAAGCUGACAUUAAAAUCUGGGUGUUGACUGGAGAUAAACAAGAGACGGCAGAAAAUAUUGGAUAUUCUUGCAACAUGCUGAGAGAAGAGAUGACGGAUGUUUUUAUUGUGGCAGCCAAUACAGCUGAAGGCGUCAGGGAGGAGCUACAGAGAGCAAGAAGGAAAAUGUGUCCAGAAGCAGCCGAGGAGCCAACUGUGAUUGAAGCUCGUGCAGGCCUGUUUUGGCUCCAGAAAACAAAAACUGUGCAGGAUGAGAAAGUGGAUGGAGAAUAUGGUCUGAUAAUAAAUGGACACAGCUUGGCCUUUGCGCUGGAGAAGGACUUGGAGCUAGAGCUGCUGAGAACAGCAUGUAUGUGUCAGACGGUGAUUUGCUGCAGGGUCACCCCUCUACAGAAAGCCCAGGUGGUGCAGCUGGUCAAGAAAUACAAGCAGGCAGUUACUCUGGCCAUUGGUGAUGGAGCUAAUGAUGUCAGCAUGAUCAAAGCUGCUCAUAUCGGUGUGGGGAUUAGUGGUCAGGAGGGGAUGCAGGCCGUUCUUUCUAGCGACUUCUCAUUUGCUCAGUUUCGUUACCUCCAGCGCCUCCUGCUGGUGCACGGUCGCUGGUCCUACAUACGCAUGUGCAAGUUCCUCCGCUACUUUUUUUUCAAGAACUUCACCUUCACCCUCAUGCAUUUCUGGUAUGCAUUCUUCUGUGGCUUCUCUGCACAGACUGUGUAUGAUGAGCUGUUCAUCACUGCAUAUAAUACAGUGUACACUGCUCUUCCUGUCCUUGGCAUCAGCCUCUUUGACCAGGAUGUAAAUGACCGCUGGAGUUUCCAGUACCCUCAGCUGUAUAAACCAGGCCAGCUGAACAUGUAUUUCAGUAAAAAAGCCUUCGUGCGCUGCAUAAUGAACAGCUGCUACUGUUCCCUCAUCCUCUUCUUCAUACCAUGGGCUGCUAUGCGUGACAUGGUCAGAGAUGAUGGGAAAGACAUUGCAGACUAUCAGUCCUUUGCUUUAGUGGCUCAGACCUGUCUUCUGAUUGUGGUGAGCGCACAGCUCUUUCUGGACACCUAUCACUGGACAUCAGUGAACCAACUGUUCAUGUGGGGCAGCCUGGCUACUUACUUUGCUGCAACGUUCACCUUGUACAGCAAUGGCAUCUUUCUCAUCUUUACCUCUGCUUUUCCCUUCGUCGGUACAGAGAGAAACUCUUUGAACCAGCCAAACAUCUGGCUAACCAUACUCCUGACUUGCCUCCUCUGUGCACUGCCAGUGGUGGCUCUGCGCUUCAUUCUCAUACAGAUUCGUCCAACUAUCAAUGACAAGGUGAGAUAUAAGGUGACAGAGGAGACACUGCCGGCUCCUGCUCCUCGUCGGACACGUCCCAGACGUAUCAGCACCCGUCGGUCAGGCUAUGCCUUCUCACACUCCCAGGGUUAUGGUUAUCUGGUAACUUCUCACAAGUUCCUGCUUAAAAGCCACCUGAGAAGUCGACUGGCUCUAGCUGCCCAAACAGAUGGCCCCCUGGCUGAAAAUCAGCCGCAGCAUUACCGCACCAUAGACGAAGAGCCGGAGGAGUCGAGGUCUUCAUUAGGAGGCAUCAGGGACUCAAACACUUGAGAUUUUUUCUUUUAUUUUUUAAAACUCAGGGUGCUGCUUUCUGGCUUCCUGUCUGGAUGUGUUCUAGGUAAAAAUUUUAACACUUAAAGGUGUGUAUACAGAGGGUAUCCUAUACUAGGAUUUGCUAUAGAUGUGUAUAAGGAGGGUAUUCUAUAUUAGGAUCUGUUACAGAUCAGAUCUUCCUGUAUGCCCAGAAACAGGCUAUGCCGCAGAUACGGAGACUUGUAUACGCUUGGCUCUCUCCGGAUCUUAGGUCUUUUUGUGACUCCUUUACACAGUCAUAUCAAAAGUGAUUCCUCAUUAAACAUCACAAGUUCUUUUAUUUAGCAGCUACACAGAAAUCCUAGUGUAGGAUAUGCUUCGUAUACACAUCUGUCGCAGAUCCUUCGUCAUAUUCUCCGCAUUCAUAUCUG